ACCGCGUUCGAACGGAAGCCUCCAAGCCGUCACGGCCGGUCGCAUUUCAGACUUUUCAGUUCGAAGCCCUCUCUGGCUCUCUCCCCGGUUUCCCCAAGCCCCAACCCAAGUAGCGGCGGCCGAAGUGGUGAAGCGGAGAUGCUGCAGUUCCCGGCGAUGAUGCGCCAGUGGCCGUCGCCGCCGCUGAUCCCAGCGUCCACUCUCCUUCCCGUGCCCGCCUCCACCCAGGAGGACGAGCUCCUCCUAGCCAUGGCCGAGUCCGACCUCGAGGAGAAGCUGAACGAGAUCCGCAAGACCAACAGCAACCUGGUGAUCAUAGGCAAGCCUACCAGCGACAUCAAGGAAGAGUACGACGCGGAGGUGGAGGACGACGACGCCGAUAACGUCGAGGAGUCCGACGGAGAUGACUUCGACCAGGAAACCGGCUGAGCCAGCCCAGCUUCCCCGGGUUCCAUGGCUUGACGCCAUGUCCUGGGCGUUGCCCUUUUCGGCUGACCCAUCUGUACGCUUGUUGCAGCCCGAGAUCCCCAAUUUUGUUUGUUACUAGACCUAUUAUCCUACUCUGCUUUGCUGCCUGGUGUUUUCGACAAUUAGAGAGCUUGGGCUUUCCAAUCCUUUGAUUACAUCUAUGGGAUUAGUUUGAUAUGCUGUUACCUCUUUAUUGAAAUACAUCAUUAUUCUAUGUGAAUGACUAAUCGCCUGUUGUGUCCUGCUCU